GGCAUAAUCUUCAUUCAAUCGUACCAUAGUACGGAAUAGUCCUUGCAUCAAAUGCCCCGCCACCCCUCCAAAAACCGUCAUCCAACUCCGUCCGUCCAAAUAAUUCAUCACCACACAUAAUAGGCCCCAGCAAUGGCCUCAGAAACUGCAGGAUCGGGUCAACAGUGGCAGGCUUCGCAGCCUGUGACCGUUGUCUGUGUGGGCAUGGCCGGUUCGGGAAAGACAACCUUCAUGCAGCGAAUCAACGCGCAUCUUCACACCCGAAAGGAACCGCCAUACACGAUCAACCUCGACCCGGCCGUGCUGAAUGUGCCAUUUGACUGUAAUAUCGACAUACGUGACUCGGUCAACUACAAGGAGGUUAUGAAACAGUACAACUUGGGACCCAACGGCGGCAUCUUGACGUCCCUGAACCUGUUCGCAACCAAGGUCGAUCAGAUUGUGAACCUGCUCGAGAAGAGAACAGCACCGGACAGCGAACAUCCAACACGCAAGCCAAUAAACCAUAUCCUCGUCGACACUCCCGGCCAGAUUGAGGUGUUUGUCUGGUCGGCAUCCGGAACCAUCCUCCUCGAGUCCCUGGCCUCAUCCUUCCCAACCGUCAUCGCCUACAUUAUCGACACGCCUCGCACAAGCUCGACAUCGACCUUUAUGAGCAACAUGCUCUACGCCUGCAGCAUUCUGUACAAGACAAAACUGCCCAUGAUCCUCGUCUUCAACAAGACCGAUGUUAAGGAUGCUUCUUUCGCGAAGGAGUGGAUGACAGAUUUUGAUGCCUUUCAAGAGGCUCUGAGGGAGGACGAGAACAACAAUGCUUUUGGUGGGGUGGAAGGUGGUGGCGACGGGGCGGGAAUGGGGAGUGGAUACAUGGGCAGCCUUCUUAACAGCAUGAGUCUGAUGCUGGAAGAGUUUUACGCCCAUUUGAGUGUGGUGGCCGUAAGUUCAAUGACGGGCCAGGGGAUCGACGAUUUCUUCGAGGCUGUCAAGGAGAAAGCCGACGAGUUCAAGAGGGAUUACCAGCCAGAAUUGGAGCGAAGGAGAGCCGAUAGGGAAGAGAACAAGAAGAAAGCGAGGGAGAAGGAACUCGACAAGAUGAUGCAGGGCAUGUCGGUUUCGGGUCCAUCGGGCAGCGGUCCUCAAGUUGGCGAUGUGAAGGAUGAGGACGAGGAUGAAAUGGAGACCUUCAGUGCCGACGACGAUGAUGACGAUGAGGAUGAAGAUGACAAAACUGCCCGAGACGGGGAGGGGUUGCAGUCAAGAUAUGAGACUGCUCUACAAGGUGCUGAUGACUCCGCGGCCGCGGACGCGAGUUUUGCAAAAUAUUUGUACACACAGCGGUGAUAGCCGUCGCUGAGCAUGGGAAGUUUGGCACAGGAUAGGCUUUAGACAUCAUA